CAAAAACGCCCUAGAACUCUCCUUACCUUAGAUUGUGCUGCCAUCACCAUUCACCAUUUCAUCUCUCUCUCUCUCUCUCUCUCUCUCUCUCUCUCUCUCUCUCUUCUUUCUCUCUCCUGUUACAGUUUCCACAACAAAAUGCUGGCAUUAAAUCUGCUUCCCUCAUCCUCCAUCACCCUUAAGCCCUUCAAAAACCCUUCCCUCCUUCCUCCAAUCUCAACUCUCAGACUCAGAGCAGCAUCUUCAUCGUCAUCAUCAUCAUCAUCUCCCAAUGAAUUCAAAUUCCAAUCCAAUCCCACAAAUCUCCCAAUCCCUUUCACCAAAUGGAAACUACCCUCCAAUCCCAGAUCCCAUUUUCCAAUCUCACCUUCCGCCUCCGCCUCCGCCUCCACCUCCCCUGAUUCUCCCAUUGAAUCCACUCCCACUCCCAAUCCCAACUCCAAAACUCUAAAACUUGCUCUUGUUUUUGGCCUUUGGUACUUCCAGAACAUUGUCUUCAACAUCUACAACAAAAAGGUCUUAAACAUUUUCCCAUUUCCAUGGCUUUUAGCUUCUUUCCAGCUUUUUGUGGGUUCAAUUUGUAUGUUGUUUCUUUGGUCAUUUAAGAUUCAAACUCCCCCCAAAAUCACCAAACCCUUCAUCAUUGCACUUCUUGGUCCUGCCCUUUUUCACACCAUUGGCCAUAUCUCAGCUUGUGUCUCAUUUUCCAAAGUCGCAGUUUCCUUCACUCAUGUCAUCAAGUCAUCUGAGCCUGUCUUCUCCGUUAUCUUCUCCACUUUCCUUGGCGAGUCGUACCCGGUUUCGAUAUGGCUCUCAAUCCUUCCCAUUGUUUUCGGGUGCUCCCUCGCCGCGGUCACUGAGGUUUCCUUCAACUUGCAGGGGCUUUGGGGUGCAUUGAUUAGCAAUGUGGGUUUUGUGCUAAGGAAUAUUUACUCUAAAAAGAGUUUGCAGAGUUUUAAGGAAGUGGAUGGGUUGAACAUGUAUGGCUGGAUUAGUAUACUCUCAUUCUUGUACUUGUUUCCAGUUGCUUGUUUCGUUGAAGGGUCUCAAUGGGUACCAGGCUAUCACAAAGCAAUUGAAACAAUUGGGAAACCAAUGACUUUGUAUAUAUGGGUUAUGUUGUCUGGUGUGUUUUAUCACCUCUAUAAUCAGUCGUCUUAUCAAGCAUUGGAUGAGAUUAGCCCACUUACAUUUUCUGUGGGCAACACUAUGAAGAGGGUGGUUGUCAUUGUAGCCACUAUAUUAGUCUUCAGGAACCCUGUGAGACCUCUUAAUGCUCUAGGUUCGGGAAUCGCUGUCCUCGGAACGUUCUUGUAUUCACAAGCAAAUGCAGCUCAGAAGAACAAGAAGAAGCUUGAAGGUUGUUCUUCGUCUUCCUCGGAUCUUGCAAACUCGAAGACUUGGCAAAUUAAGUUUGUUACAUUCUUAAAGCGGCUAAUGGGUCAGAUUUUGGACAAACUUCAAGGUAAGGAAUGGAGGAAGAAAAAAAUCAGGAAGAUUACGGACAAAGUAUUUAAUCGUAUACAGAGUCAGACUGGAAGUGUCACACUGCCUUUUGAAGAGCUAUAUAUAGCUGUUCUAAUUGUUUACAAUGAUAUUAAUAAGUACUUACCAGGGCCACACUUUGAUCCUCCCUCAAAAGACGAAGUUAGAGGCUUGAUGCAGAAGUGUGAUGUGAAUCUGGAUGGGGAACUUGACAGAGAGGAAUUUGUGAAAUUCAUGAUGGAGUUGACUGCAGACACGUUUAACACUGUGAGCCAGGGACUGAUAAUCAGUCUGGUACUAGCACCAACAGUAGCUUUAGCGACAAAAAGGGCAACAGAAGGUGUCCCUGGCGUGGGGAAAGUGGUGCAGAAACUGCCUAAUGCGAUUUAUGCAUCCCUUGUUACUCUUGCUGUUGUUGCAAUCCAAAACGCUAGCCAGGGAUAGUGAUAGUGAUAGUGAUGAUUAGAGGUUGUCGUUGAUAUCCUCUGCCCUUACUUGUUUAUGUAAUACAGGCAUAUAUAUAGAAUGUUUUCCUUGUAUUUCAUCUUCUCUCGAAUUCAAGUAAAGCUUACAUCUUUACGAGAGAUAUGGAGAAGCAUGAACAAUAACAAUUGCUGUAAGAACUACCCAUUAUUGUUAACUGUCAGCUUAUUAAUCAAUCAGCAAACUGUCUAUGUAAGACACUGGUUAUGUUUUCUUAAUGUGUAUACACACAAGUUCAUGCCUAA